UACUUCAAAACACUUCCCUCCUUCUCUCUUUCUCUCUCUAUCAAUUCUCAACCACACACUUUCUUAUAUUAUUAUUAUAUUACAACUUACUAUUACUAUCAGCAUUGUUGUAUUCAAUGCCAUCAUCCAUCCACCAUCACCACCAUCACUCACAAUCUGUUGUUAUUGUUGGUGUUAGUGCCAUCUGAUUGACAUUUCCCAUUUACUCACAAACACUCUCUCUUUCUCUGCUAUAAAAGGGUCUCUCUUUCUUGUACUUCCUCUCCAUUUUCUUGGUACUUCUCUCUGAGUUUCUUCUGUUUUCUACCUACAACUUCAUGGAUCUCUGUGCAUUCUCAUAUUCUGCAUUUGUGAGCCCUGCAACUGCAACUGCUUCUGAUCCUCGGAGAUCAAGUUCUCUUGCUUCUCACUCUCAAUGGGGUCUGGAUCUGCUUAAUCAAUCGCAGCACAGGUUCAACCAGGUGAAGAAAAAAUCAAGUGGGGUAUAUGCAUCCCUAUCAGAGAGGGGAGAGUAUUAUGCUCAAAGACCGCCAACUCCGCUGUUGGACACCAUAAACUAUCCAAUUCAUAUGAAAAACCUCUCUACCAAGGAGCUCAAGCAACUCGCCGAUGAGCUACGUUCUGAUGUAAUUUUCAGUGUUUCAAAAACUGGGGGUCAUCUAGGAUCAAGUCUAGGUGUUGUCGAACUCACUGUUGCGCUCCAUUAUGUCUUCAAUGCCCCUCAAGACAAGAUAUUGUGGGAUGUUGGUCACCAGUCUUACCCACACAAAAUACUCACCGGUCGGAGGGAUAAGAUGCACACCAUGAGGCAGACAAAUGGAUUAUCUGGAUUUACAAAACGCUCCGAAAGUGAAUAUGAUAGUUUUGGCACUGGUCACAGCUCAACAACUAUUUCAGCUGGACUUGGAAUGGCUGUUGGGAGAGAUCUUAAGGGAAGAAAGAAUAAUGUAGUUGCCGUUAUUGGUGAUGGUGCCAUGACAGCAGGGCAAGCUUAUGAAGCCAUGAACAAUGCCGGAUAUCUCGAUUCUGACAUGAUUGUUAUUCUAAACGACAACAAACAGGUCUCUUUACCUACUGCUACACUUGAUGGACCGAUACCACCAGUAGGAGCUUUGAGCAGUGCUCUCAGUAGGUUGCAGUCGAACAGGCCUCUUAGAGAAUUGAGAGAGGUUGCCAAGGGUGUUACUAAAAGCAUUGGAGGCCCUAUGCAUGAAUUGGCUGCAAAAGUUGAUGAAUAUGCUCGUGGCAUGAUUGGUGGUUCCGGAUCAACACUUUUUGAAGAGCUUGGACUCUACUACAUUGGCCCUGUUGAUGGUCAUAACAUAGAUGAUCUUGUUUCCAUUCUCAAUGAAGUUAAAAGUACUAAAACCACUGGUCCUGUUCUGAUCCAUGUUGUCACUGAGAAAGGCCGAGGAUACCCAUAUGCAGAAAAAGCAGCAGACAAGUACCAUGGAGUUGCUAAGUUUGAUCCAAAGACUGGAAAGCAAUUCAAGGCUAAUGCUAGUACCCAGUCUUACACAACAUACUUUGCAGAGGCUUUGAUUGCAGAAGCAGAAGCCGACAAAGACAUUGUUGCAAUCCAUGCUGCAAUGGGAGGUGGCACUGGCAUGAAUCUCUUCCUUCGUCGAUUCCCAUCAAGAUGCUUUGAUGUCGGGAUAGCAGAACAGCAUGCUGUUACAUUUGCUGCAGGUCUAGCUUGUGAAGGUCUCAAGCCUUUCUGUGCAAUUUACUCAUCAUUCAUGCAGAGGGCUUAUGACCAAGUAGUGCAUGAUGUCGACUUGCAGAAGCUGCCUGUAAGAUUUGCAAUGGAUAGAGCUGGAUUAGUUGGUGCAGAUGGCCCUACACAUUGUGGUUCUUUUGAUGUCACUUUUAUGGCAUGUCUUCCUAACAUGGUGGUGAUGGCUCCUUCUGAUGAAGCAGAGCUUUUCCACAUGGUUGCCACUGCAGCAGCCAUUGAUGAUCGCCCUAGUUGUUUCCGAUACCCAAGGGGAAACGGCAUUGGUGUUGAACUACCACUAGGGAAUAAGGGAAUUCCUCUUGAGGUAUAUUAGAAACUUAGAAUGGCCACAUAUUGAAACAUGAAAAUUUUGAUACUUGAAUUGGCCAUUUUCAUGGGUUUAAUGCUGCCAAAUAAAAAACCAAACAUGUCUAUUAUUUUGUAGUUUCUAGGCAUAGUGGAGCAUCAUGGCUUGCGCAUAACUGUUGCUGAUGCACGGUUCUGCAAGCCAUUGGAUCGUUCCCUCAUUCGCAGCCUAGCAAAAUCACACGAAGUUUUGAUCACUGUCGAAGAAGGAUCAAUUGGAGGAUUCGGGUCUCAUGUUGUUCAGUUCAUGGCCCUUGAUGGUCUUCUAGAUGGAAAAUUGAAAUGGAGGCCAAUGGUUCUUCCGGAUCGUUAUAUUGACCACGGAUCGCCUGUUGAUCAAUUGUCUGAAGCUGGCCUUGCUCCAACUCAAAUAGCAGCAACUGUGUUCAACAUACUUGGACAGACAAGGGAGGCACUAGAGGUUAUGUCAUAAAAAGAGAAAUAUCAAGAGGGGUUAAAUUUUCACUCCCCACAAUAUACACAUGUUAACGAUAUAAAUCACUUUGUGUAACACAAACAAGGUAAUAUUAGAAUGUGAAUUAAUCACUUUGUGUAACACAAACAAGGUAAUAUUAGAAUGUGAAUUAUGUAAAUGUUAGUAACAAUGUAGUUUAUCGAAUAGUAGUAUCAGCUAGUUGCAACUUGCAUGGAAGAAAUAAUGUUAAUUUUUCAAUGCUAUUUGCUGAGGAAGUUGGUUCAUGAAAUGGCCAAAUUUAAAAUAGUUUUUCUUUUAGAU